UAUCAACUAAUUAUUUUAUUAGACAUAUUUAAUUUAUACAUUUCAGAUAAUAAAUUAUAGAAAAAAAAAAUGUCUGUGUUAACUGUAACUACCCCAUCAGUUCCGAGUACAUUUAUCUCGAAGACGGAACAUUCACGAAUCAGCUUCAUAGAAGAGUCUUCAUCAAAAACUAGCAAAUUGACAUUCUCAUUUAUGGAUAAACGGCAAAAAUAUCGCGUAAUGGUAGAUGGUGUCGAAUUGACACCAGAUAACGUCGUGGAUACAGAUUACGUGACCGUGGAGGACACAUUUACACACGCAGCCUUUGAAAGUAAACAGCGGGUUAGGAGCGACGUGGGAAUAAAGGGUUCUAGAUCAAAAUCCAAAAUAGCAGCUGACGCAGGCAUGAAAUUAUAUGCGACUACCAUCUCCCUUGACGACAUCCGUAUCGAUUACACAUGCAAUACUGAAGAAGAAUUUGUAGCGGAGGAUAUAGAUUUAGAGAUAGCCCCUUCAGCUUUUUAUUUACCUAAAAGAAUACCAAUAAUGUCUUAUCCACCAGAAAUAUUUGUUACUCUUAAAGAAACUGAAACGCAUUUCUUAUUUGAACUGCCAUCAUUUUCUUAUGAAAAGGGAACAUCAGAAAACAGUGCUAUUGAGGAAGAAAAUGAAUAUUAUCAAUACAUUACCGUCGGAAAAGGCAGAAAUCGUAAAAUGGUGAUAGAAGAAACGCAAACUAAGCAAUGUAUUACGCAAACUCGCCAUACGUUAGCUACUAGACCCCAGAAGAAAAAUGCUUUUGCAUUCGCGUCCACGUGGGACAUGCAUGAUACUUACGCGCGCCUUUCAAAAGUAAAGACUAAAGAAGAACCUGAUGAGAUGGUCAUGUACCAAUCGGCUGCACCAAAGUUAUUACGUAAAAAAAAAUCACUAGUGUCAGAAUCAGACGAGGAAAGAAAAGGCAAAACUUUAGAGGAAAUUGCAAAAACACCAGAAUUUUACGAUGCGGCACUUUUAAUAGAACGCGUACUGUCCACUUCAGAGUAUUCUGAGGCCCAAAAGAAAUUCCGUGGUCUUGUUAGCAUUAAUCCACUGUCGUUAGAUUUAGUAUAUAUUUAUUCUAUGAAACCUCUAUGGACUUUAGAGUGUGAAGAGACGACUAACCGGCCAAUAACAGGGAUCUCUUUCAAUCCCAAAAAUCCAAAUAUUUUAGCUGUGGGUUAUGGUAAAUUCUGUUACGCUGAAUAUCAUAAAGGUAUCGUCUGUGUAUGGUGCACAAAGAAUCCUUGUAAACCAGAGAGAUUGUACUACUUUGAAGACCCGCUAACUUCUGUAGCUUUCUCUGAAAAGAAGCCCAAUUGGUUAGCUUGUGGCUUUGCUAAUGGCGAUGUGCUAAUUUUAGAUAUAACAUCUUAUACGGUUAAAAUCCUAGCAAAAAGUAAACGCGACACAAAUCCUUGCUUUGAGCCUAUAUGGGUCACUAACUGGCGCGUCAUGGAAAGCCAUAGCGAGUUCGUCAUGACUACUUGUCAGGAUGGAAGAAUUAACAGACUCACGAGCACGAAGACACACGACUUCAUUUGCAGUCCUAUGAUGCGGAUAUCGACCGUCGAAGGGAAAAUGAAAGGUAUAGAAACAGCAAAACCUUGCUUGAAAGUUGACGUCCCUAUAACAAGAUACCCGGCCGCUCUGUGCAUGAAGUGGCAUCCAACUAUCGACCAUAUUUACUUUAUUGGGACUGACGAGGGUUGUAUUCACAAAUGUUCCACCCAUUAUUUAAAUCAACAUAUAGAAGUUUUUAGAGCUCACGCAGGUCCGGUCUACGAUAUACAGUUUUCACGGUUCAUGAAAACGUUGCUGGUUUCUUGUGGUGCUGACGGUGCUAUCAGACUAUGGAUGGAAGGUAUGGACGACGUCAUAAUGACGCUGAACUGUUCAUCAGCGGUAUACGGCAUCGCUUUCUGUCCUAUCAACGCCACAAUCCUCAUAUCCGUCAGUGAAAACGUGUUAUCCAUUUGGGACCUUCGACGAAAGACACACAUCCCCUGUGCGGAGUAUACAUUUCCGGGACACGUUGUAUUAUCGUAUAUAAGAUUUUCAGCUUCUGGGGACAACGUGUUCGUGGGAGACAGCGUGGGGCGUGUCCAUACAUUCCAUCUGGAGGAUACGCCACUCCCGCCGUUCUAUCAACGGAAGAUGCUCGACGAAGCGAUCAAGAAGGCAUUAUGUACGAGGCCGCAGUUGUUAAAGCAAUUAGACAAAUUGGAGAAGUUUAGAGAACAACUUAAGUGA